CGCGCUGCUCUCCUCUCUUGGAAUAAACACGAGAAAAAUCGAAUCGAGAGACAAAGGAUUCGAGAGAGCUCUGCACGGGAGGGAGGCGAAGGCGAAGAGGGCGAGGCGAGAUGGGGGCGGCCGAGUCCGUGCCGGAGACCUCCAUACACGAAUUCACCGUCAAGGACUGCAGCGGCAAGGAGGUGAGCCUGGAGACCUACAAGGGGAAGGUCCUCCUCGUUGUUAACGUCGCCUCCAAAUGCGGGUUCACGGAGACCAAUUACACGCAGCUGACGGAGCUAUAUCAGAAGUACAAGGACAAAGACUUUGAGGUAUUAGCAUUCCCUUGCAACCAGUUCUUGCGACAAGAACCAGGAACUGCUGAGCAGAUAAAAGACUUUGCUUGCACCAGAUUUAAAGCUGAAUACCCAGUUUUUCAGAAGGUGCGUGUAAAUGGCACGGAUGCUGCACCAGUUUACAAGUUCCUGAAAGCUAGCAAACCUGGUUUGUUUGGAUCUAGAAUCAAAUGGAAUUUCACCAAGUUUCUUGUCGACAAAAAUGGAAAGGUUAUUGAGAGGUACUCGACUGCGACCGCUCCAUUGUCGAUUGAGAAGGAAAUUCAGAAGGCCCUCGAGGAAUAGAUCUUCAUGCCUUCCCCUCCGUCUCCCGCUUGCAGUACUCCUUUGUAAUAUUUAGACAUCCCGCUUGCAGUACUCCUUUGUAAUAUUUAGACAUCCCUGCUUAUCUGUAGAAUGUAGUAAAUUUGUGCAGUGUUUUAUGAUGCUUUAUUGUGCUUUUUUUUUCAUUUGUGUAAGUAGAGAUUGAGUAGUCACCACUUUAUCUAUACCGAUCUCUUAUGGUUUGCCGUUUUUCGCAUUGUAGUUUAAGCCAAGGUUUGUUUGAAUGCU